CUUCCUGUGUUGUAACACUCCACCUCGUGUAAAUCGGGCACCGUUUACCUCUCUUUCGGCAUCAGAUUUCUUGUCAAAAUCAAAAUCUAAAUGGCUGAUGCAAAGUCUACCCUUACUCGCGAUGGAACGAUGCAAGUGACUGCAAAGGAAGGAGAAAAAUAUAAGGAAGGUGUCGACCCCGAUUCAUUUACCCGAGGCCAACAGAAAAAGAUAGAAGAGAUUCAGAAGGAAAAACCAGAAUCGAAAAAAGCUAGAAUGGCUAAAGAAGGAACCAUGGAAGCUACAGCUAAGGAAGCCAAGACGAUAUUAGGGGAUGAAAAACUAGGUGACACGAGACAGGAAACCAAAAGCAAAGCCAAGAAACCCACUAACAAACGAGAAUCAACAAUAGCCAAAACGAUGGCAGAAGCAAAAACUCUUCUAUCUGAAGAAGAUCUCACCGGGGGGCGGCGAACUCGCUCUCACAACAAACCGGCGCCCGAACCAAAACCCCCAGUCAAACGAGCAGGAACCAUGCAGCGAACCGCCAAAGAGGGGAAAGAGUACAUCAAAAGAUCAAAGAAGGACAAGGAAGCAAAGAAGGAAGAAGAAAAUGAAGAGGAAGCAAAGAAGGAUGAAGAUGAGGAAGAAGAAGAGAAGAAGGCGUAGUCUGGCUACGACGUUAUCAUUUUUUCAAAUCACCUGUGUAGAGUCCCAUUUUUUUUGUUAAGACUUUAGUGUGACCAUUUUCAUGUAUGUGGAGAAAAAUCUAUACUUUUUUUCAAGAAUUUUUAUUUCUUUGCAAAUCAUUUCAUUUUUAAAUAGGUUUUUUUAUAUAAUUUGCUUAGUAGCGUAACGUAAUACAUGAUUAAGCGUACCAGUUGUUAGGAGAAUAGUUUUAAUGGGGAGCAGUGAUUGAGGAUUGUUUGCCACCAAGUGAAUUAGGCUAACUAUAUUGUUUAUGUACAAAUGAAAUCAACCAAUCAGAUUCGCUGUACAUUUAAAACGCUUUCGGCUACAUGAUAUUUCAUAUUUUUCAAUUUUGUUUCCAUUUCCAUUGCAUUCUGGGUGUAUUUAUGAUGAUGAUCUUAUUUUCUUUGUUAGCUUGAGCUAAAUAAUAAUGGUUCUCAUUAAAACAGUAUGACCAUUUACUUAUGCAUAAUAAUUACAUUAAUUGUUAUGGUUUUGGCACUAUGACAGUAGACACCAACGCUUUAAAAAAAUUAGAAAUCUGUAAAUAAUAUUUUACUUUCAGCCGGGUCAAAAAUGUUAUAUUAUUAAGACAAAAAAAAUCUAGUUUCUUUAUACCAUAUUUAUGUGGAGCCACAUAUUUGUCUGUUCAAUCUUUGUUUUUGUUUCGGCUUUUGCCAUCAUUGGCAGAACAGUCUGUGUAUUUGUUAAUUUCUUGUCAAAAAUAUUUGCUAUUUUUAUUAAUAUUUACCUAACCACCACUUAAUUACCAAAUAUCUAUGUUUGGUAUGCACAGACCUGCCAACUGCUACGUUUUGAGCAUAAUUUCCUAUGCCUAAUUGACAUUUGCUAUGAUUAUUGUUCGCAAAAUAUGUUUUU